AUGAAUGUUACACUCGAUUUAGACGAUCAACAUCAUCAACAAAUAGAAUUAAACAGUAACGACCCAAUACAAUGUACACAUUUGAUAACGCGUCGUGAAGUUGAUAUAGAGUUAGCAAAUCGAAAAAAUCUACUUACUGAAACAACACCAACCAACGAUAAUAACCAAGUUUUUUCUCAGCCAAUAAUUGAUCAUGACUGGGAAUCACGAUAUUAUUCUGGCCAUUUGGUCGUUACCUGUGGAAAUUUUGUUGCCUAUUCACUUAAAAGACAAAAUGGUGAUGAUAUUGUCUGUGUUUUCUAUAAACAAGUGGAUUUUCGAUCUGUUAUAAAUCCUCCAUUUUCGGGUGAUAUUCAUGAUUUAGCAUUCUCAUAUUCUGAUGAUGUCCUUCUGGCAUGUGUUGAUCAAGCAUCGCAUUUACGUAUUUAUCGCAUAGAAAAAGUUGAUGAACCCAAUGAACUACAACAUACUGUAAUCUUAUAUGUCGAUCUACAAUAUUCGAAUAGUCAGUGUCCUCCAACAUUAUCCUGGUGUUAUUUUAUACCUGACAGUAACGAUAGUGAAGAUAAUGAUGCAUACACUUUGCUAAGUGUGACGUGUGGCUCAAAGGUCGAAGUAUUUAAUAUUGAUAUUGCAUCACAAUCAUGUAUCUCGGAAAAUAGAAUAAACUUGAAUCAAAUUGAAAAUGGUCGUUUAACAUAUGAGGAUAAUAAUGGUAACGUCACAUGUGUUUGUUUCUCACCCGACGGUACUGCAUUAGGAACCGGAACAGAUAAAGGUGAAAUAAAAUUCUUCUCAAUUAAUUUCGAUCAACCUCAAACAUGCAGAUGUUUACAUCUGUGGAUACCACAUGAAGGUCGGCCGAUUUCAUCAUUAUUUUUUCUUGACGAUCAUAAAAAUUUAACACAAGAUACUCAAUUAUGGCGCUAUGCUAUUUCAGGUUGUGAUGAAAACCGAGAACUUAGAGUUUGGAGUUGUACCAAUUGGAGUUGUUUACAAAUUAUCCGUCUUCAAUAUUCAUUUACUGAUUCUUUGUACAAUAAUAAUGCAUUACAGAUGCCUUUGCUUAAAGCUGCAAUUGAUUUAACAUCACGCUUUCUUAUUCUUUCUGAUAUAAAUCGAAACUCUUUGUAUGUAUUUACGAUAUAUCAAGAUGCUGAAAAUAAUCGAGCGCAUUUUUCAUCCAUAAAUGCUUUUAAUUCGAUCACUUCUCCAUCGUUAAGUUUUGCAAUAACAGCUGCUGAUCAAAUAAAUCGUGAACAUUCUGAUUUUGUUUCGUAUGGUGUUAAAAUGUACAGUAUUCAUACAAAAUUUUUUCAAGAAAUUUUACUUGUUUUCAAAACGAAUCGUUUUAUGACAAUAAAUCCUGUGUAUUUCAAACAAGAGAAUAAUUCUAUAGAAGAUAAUAUUGCUGAAGAUUUUCACUUCGAACCAUAUAUGUCCUAUCUACGUAAUGAAGAUUUAUCAGCAUCACCAACAAAUAUGAAUCGUAUAGAACCGCCUGCCAAUGAGUUUACAGCUCUUCCACCAUAUAGUAUUAAUGAUUUACUUACACCGAAUAGUUCUUUAACUAAUGUAACUGGUCUACCAACUGUUGAUACAGCACGUUCUCUACUGGCCAGUCAUGACGGAUCGGGAACAAGUGUAAAUAAUACGACAAAUCAACUUUCAUCACCGACAACGGUCAAUAAUAAAAUAUCAACAAUCGAUCCUCUUCAUGGUCUUUUACUCGGUAAUACAACAGCAUUUGAUGCUGUUACUACUCGACAACAACAACAACAACAACAACAACAUCGCAUACAUAUUUCACCAUCGCAACAACUACAACAGCAAGGAGCGACGGCUAUAUCUACAAGUCCAAGUAGUCGAAUCAAUGAUCGAUUUAAAUCGAAAGUAGCAACAGAUAAAGAUUCGUCAUCUUUAAUUAUCAAUGGUAUAGCCCAAACACCGUAUGAUCGGGACGAUAAAGAAGUUGCUGAAAGUAUGUCAUGCACAACAAACUAUCCUCUUCAAUUUGAAAAUAUAACGCACGAUGAUAAUGAUGAUGUUGAUACCGUAUUUAUGCCAAUUAAAACAAAUGAUGACGAUGAACCAAUUGGUGGUAAUCCAGAUCCACUUUUAUCUCCACCAAAAUACAAUGAUAACUCGCGUUGGUCUAAGAAAAGUCCCAUGAAAGGAUUAAAUACAUCGGGCCAUCAAGAUAUCGAUGAUUUUAGUGAUCCAACAGAAACAAGUGAUAAAGAUGAUGAUUCAACAGCCGAUGAAGAAAGUGCUCUGCACACACGCAUAAAACGACGUGGUGGACGCUCACCAAAUAGUUCUCAAAUAGGAUUAAAUUCUGAUGCGUUACAUGAAAUACGGCAGUUAACUCGUUUAUUAAAUGACUUUCGUUCACACAAAACGAAUAUGCCAACGGGAUCUCUUCAAUCAAUAGGAUUACAAUUGAAUUAUGAAAAGAAACUCGAUCAAUGUUGCCAACGUCUUGAUCAUCUAUCGAGCAAAGUCGAUAGAAUAAUUAAUCUUGAACAAUCUGGUAUUGUUUCUCGACCAAGUCGGCCAAGUCCAAAUGCAGCACCUGUACAAGUCGUGGCCAACAGCGAAUCACAAACACCAUUAUCCGAUGUACAUUACAAUCGUUUAGAAGCGUUACUUAUUGAAAAAACUGAAACAUACGUACAAGACGCAAUGAAAUCUGUAUUUGAACCCUAUCGAGAUAUGAAAGACAAUUUACAUAAAGAUCUUGCAGCUAAAUUAUUAGCAACUGAUACAGUUAUCAAACAAACAAUUACACAAAUAUUUCGCUCAAAAACAAUGAUUGAUUCUUUAAGUCAUACCAUAUCGAAUGCUAUUCAAUCAAUAAUGGUCUCGUCUUAUCGUGAUACGUUCAAUCAAAGUGUAAUACCAUCAUUCGAAAAAGCUGCUACAAAUAUGUUUCAACAAACAAACGAUGUAUUUAAACGUGGUACAAAAGAAUAUCUACAAGAAAUGAUUGAAUAUGGCCGACAACAACAACGUUCAUUGAUUCAACAGCGUGAACAAAUGAUGAAUGAAAUUCGUAAAGAAUCAACACAAUUAAAUAAAGACUUUGAAAAGAAAAAUCAAGAAUUGGCAACUACAAUCAAAAGUGAUAUUACUCAAUAUGUAACAGCAAAUCUAACGACGAUAGUUCGAGAAACAACUCGAUCGAUUUUACGUGAUGAAACAGCUUCAAUCUUUCGUGAAGCAUUAGCUGCUCAAAAAAAUGAUUUGAAUACUUUACUUCGACAAACUCUUGCUCCAAAACCAGCACCUAGCCGAACAACAACUCCCGCUCCCCCUGCUCCUGUAGCUUCACCAGCGCCAACUGUAACAAAUACAAAUUCAACGUUAGACGCUAAACAACAGCACAUAUUAAAACUUGCUCGUUUCGGCCAAUUAAAUCAAGCAUUUGAAUAUGUACUGUCAGCAUCGGAUUUAAAUCUUGUCUUAUAUCUAUGCGAAAAUGUUCGUCCAACAGAACUGUUUUCCAUUCAACCAUGUCCUCUACAAGCUCCUGUUCUUCUUUCUUUAAUUCAACAACUUGCAGCUGAUUUAAAUACACAUCAAGAAUUAAAAUACAGUUAUUUGCACGAAUCUUUAAUUUGUCUGGAUAUAUCUCAUCCAAGCGCACGUGAUUAUUUACAAACUGUUUUGAUUGAUCUCAGCAAAAAGCUAUAUGCAUAUAUUCAAGCAAAUCCAUCAACAACAAUGUCUAAACGUUUUCAAUUAUUACUGAUGGCAAGUCAAAGCUUAGUACAAAAAAUUGUUCAACAACGAGCCACGCCAUUAAUGCAGGCAUCAUCAAAAUAG